UUGCGCAUUCACGAGAAUCAAGUGGUGUCCCAGUUCUCCUUAAAUCAAAGGGUGGGGGGUGUACGGCCCUAGAAAGCAAGUGUGGUCAGGGACCAGACUUCAAACAAUGGGGGUGGGAUUAGUUUCCCCGGAUAGAACACUCCCACUGACAAGACGAGACCGGAAGAAACAUAUAAAUGACAUAACACGUGUGCAAGCAGAUGUGGUGAAAAAACAAAAUGUGCAGAGAAACCCAAAGGAGAAGAUUCAGAACACACACUUUAUUGAGACCAACUCCGAAACAAGAGGGGUGCUGUCCUGCCUUCCCCCAGGAAUGAUGCCUCUUUACUGGGUCAUGAUCAUCUGGAUGCUCCCUCGUUUGGCUUUCCUGUCUAAUCCAGACCGAUGUACCCUUCAUGACACCCACGGCUCCCAUGAUGUGUUGAUGCAGUCAUUGCAGUGUCAUAACGACUAUGAAUCGUACGUCCACUGCAAAUGGAGGGAGGGCCAACACAUACGUGCACCCCUGCAGCUCUGGUUCCAGACACAAGAUAGCAGGGAGCGAUGCGAGUUGAACGCCACUCAAGUCCAAAAUGAAAACGGGCACAGAACUGUCCAGUGCAGAUAUGAAACUCGUUCAUUUUCGAUUGGCAUCGAACACACGGUCUUCUUUCACGAGGACGACAUAUUGUGUUCAUCUGUCCCACGCAAACCCUUGAGGCUUUCUCACCACUUGAGAGCACGCACACCUGUGGAUCUGUCCACACAUGACACGGGUGAUGGACAUGUGUUGCUCAAAUGGUCCAAUCCUUAUCCAGCACAUUCCUCCUUGAACCGAAGCCUCAUGUACCAACUCAGCUACAAGGCAGACAGACAAGCUACAUGGACUAUUAUGAAUGUGACACGCACUGACGUCAAACUGGAGACAAGGAUCCUGCUUCCAGGGCGCAGGUUUGAGGCCCGGGUGAGGGGUCGGGCCAGUGUGGGCCAGUGGAGUCAUUGGAGCCCUGUGGUGACAUGGAGUAUGAAAGAAGACAGCAGGCAGUUUCCCAGCUUGCAUUGUGUGCUCGAUGGCGAGAAGGUGGUGACGUGCAGCUGGGAGGUGAGCAGAGAGCUGGAUCACUUCAUUACCUACCAGCUGGCCUGUCAACACAACCACACUGCACGUCCUGCCUCCAGGUCCGAUAGAUGCUGUGUGAAGCCCACGGUUACCUUUGACGCCAGUAGGCCGCUGGUGCGAUACAGCUGCUCGCUGGCUGUCUCUAACCCCGCACAUCUGCUGCUGGAGUUGCGACCAACACGCAAUGCCAAGAUGUUCAAGGCAAACACAAACAUUCAACCCAGGCCACCGCAGCAGGUGAAGGUGAGGGAGAAAGACCACAACUGGGUUGUAGAAUGGGCCAAACCAAGCACAGCCUCAAAAAUACGACUGUAUUAUCAAGUGUGGUAUUACAGCAGGCAGGAUCAGGAUUCUUCUAUCCUGCUGAACAUCUCAGAGGGUUCCACAUCAGUGACCAUAUUGGGUUCGUCUUUGAGCCCAUCCCAGCACCACCAGGUCCAAGUCAGGUCUCUAGUCAUCCCUGGAGAGGGUUCGCGUUAUGAAGGAAGCCCCUCAGAAUGGACCGAGCCAGUCGACUGGACCUCACACGCAGCCACCUGGCCCCUCACCACCAUCAUCUAUUCCACCAUCAGUCUGAUUGUGGUAUCAGUCUUCUGUGUACUCUACAUCACGAUUCCACAGUGUCACAGCAAAAUGACUGUUUGGGGGAGCUCGAUUCCUUCUCCUGGCAAAAGCAAAGCCCUGUCAGAAAUCAAGUGUGCCACCAAUGGAGCCCUGAUAGAGAGCACUUACAUCUGCAAAGUGCAGCACUUGGACCGCUUGUCGACAUGCAGCUCCUCAAGUUCCUCGCUUAGGCCAACUGAGGAUGCUGAAAAUAAAGAUUUGGAGCAGGACCGACAGGAAUGCAAGUGUAAUAGCCUGCCCCCCCCUGCUCAGGGGGUUAAUGGCUCUGACCUUCCAGUGCACUUCAGUGGCCCAUAUAUCCUCUGUCAGUCAACGGAGUCCAAGUGCAUGUGUGACGGGACAACAGAGAAAGAACAAACACCAUCAGGUGGUCCUGAUUCUUCAUCCUCAGUGUUCUUCACCCAAUAUGGAGAUGGUUACCUGUGCCUCCCCCCUCCCAGUGUCUCCAUGUCUACACAGGCUCUGGUGACGCACUGCGAUGCCAACACAAAGACACAAAAGCGUGAGCAGGACCAACAGUGCGCAGAUAACGCAGCGUGGCCUGAUAAGCUAGUCGACAUUCAGCCUGACAGCAGUGACACACCUCCAUCAUACAGCUCAGGACCCUCCUGGCCCACCAUCAGGGCCUCUGGGUACUGUAUCCUGCCCUCAGCAUCUUAAGAGCAGCACUGGAAGAUUAUUUAUUUUGGUUGUUGGCUGGUUGUAACAUGAGAGGGGCAAAUUAUAAGAAAGAGCUCCCUGAAAGAGAGUGCCUUGCAAUGACAAAAACAACCAUGCUAAUGGAAUACCCCUUUGUCAGUCACAAGUGAGCACAGUCAGUUGUCAAAUCAUUAUUUGACCAUUAGUCUGUCCCUUCACUUUGGACCUAACUCCACCCCUUACCAUUUUUACCGAAAAUCAACAUCUCGAAAAAGUAACCUUUUCUGCCUUUUUUGGGUCCUGCCGGGGCCCCCGAUGAGGGUGUGGGGGGUUUCCACCACAAACCAGAGCAGAAAAGGGCAGUUGAAAAAAAAUGCGAAAAAAAAAGACGAAAUGUUAACUACUAACCCCUUACCAUUUUUGACGAAAAUCAACAUCUCGAAAAAGUGGCCUUUUCUGCCCUUUUUAGAUCCUUCCGAGACCCCGAUGGGGGUGUGGGGGGUUUCCACCUCAUGCCAGAGCAGAAAAGUGCAGUUGAAAAAUGCUGAAAAAAAUAAAGACGAAAUGGUAACCCAUUACCAUUUUUAUCGAAAAUCAACACCUCAAAAAAGUGGCCUUUUCUGCCUUUUUUGGGUCCUGCCGGGACCCCCGAUGAGGGUGUGGGGGGUUUCCACCACAUUCCAGAGCAGAAACAAGGUUGGCUUUAAUACUCUCUGUACUAGCUGACACUGUUACACCAUUUUUCAGUGCCUUGCCGUUGAUACAGAAUAGCAACAGCCAGGAUUUGGGGUUGGGACGAAGUCAACCCGGCUAUUUUCCAGCAUUGUAGGUGGCAGACAUUUACUUCUUUACCGUUUCUUAGUCUGCAGUUGUUGGUGAACAAAAGCAGAAUAUCCUUCAUGAAAGGUCCUUGAAGAUUUUAACUUAAUACCGACUGCAGUUUAUUGCAUAUUAUGCCCCCAAGGCAAAGGUAUUGCUGAGUUACGGUGCAAUGCCCAACAAAUUAAACAAUUAGUCCUUUGCAGUCCCAGUGUGGGAGUCCAUAUCAUAAAUGUGUUACUUGCCCUGGAGCCAUACACAGUCAACCCUGUUUUACCACAGGGAGGCGCUGUUGACCUGCUAGAUUUUUUUUGUUUCUUUUUUACAACAGAAGAGCGCAGGAGCACAUCAGCAGCACUUACAUGUUUAUCACUUUUUAAUGAUAUAUGAUGGUUAAUGCUUGAUAUUAACAAUUGUCUUUAUAACCACAGUGAGCAAAUUAGAAGGCAAAUCCAUGUUGUCUUCCUCCACGGCAACAGUGGAAUGUUGCUCAAAAAGAGUGAGUGAAAACUACAUGGCAACUGAGGAUGCAAAUACACAAAGUUCCAGUUUGUGAAGUCCGCAACACACAGGAACCGAAGGCACAUGCAAGUAGCACAAAGGUGAUCGUUGGAAAGGAGCUGACUCACCACAAACGGCAUAUCCGACGACCAGACAAACACAAGGCAGAAAACUGGGAGCUACACAGGCUGAGUACCCAACAAGACACGAGAUGUGAGGAAACACAAGCGGCAAGUCACUGCACACAUAAGCACAAACCGAUCUAUAACUAACAACUGUUAUUGUAUGAAAUUCGUUGUCAUUUAAAACACAAGAAAAUAAGUCGUUUUAUUCACAUGAAAUGCGAUUAUCAGCACUAAGGUUCUUCACUUUUUUGGUACUUUCUGCCUUAGUUCCGGUUUUCCUUGCCUUUAUUUGUUUCACUUUCUGUUUCGUUCUGCUCCGUUUUCAGUGGUCUUUAUUUUAUGUUUAUGUGUAACUGGUGCUGCUAAUUUGAGUUUAUUGUAUUUAACAGAGCAGGUAGCUUCUCAGUUUGAUGGGUCUGUUUUUUCGUAAAAUUCCCCGUUUGCUGCUCUGCAAAUUAUGACAAAGGCUCUUACCUCAACUUCGAUAGCUCCUUCUGGCUCUUGGGGUCAAUUAAGACCAUGUCUGCUCGUGACACAUGUAAUCAAAAGUGGUUUAAAAGAACAGACUGUACAAAUAAAUGUCUAUAUUUGUCACAACUGCAAGUUAAACUUUGUAACUAAAUAAAAAUGGCGCUUGAUGAAUAAGAUGGCUGGCGUUCAGGCUGUCAAUCACGGCUGUCUCGAGGAAAUGCGCACAUCCGUCACACGUGCACGUCACAAAAGUGACCUUGGAGAAGGAAAGGAUUUAAAAGGGAUGCUAUAGUGGUUGCUCUACACUACAGCACGCUUUUCCAAAGACUGCUUUUCUAACAGGGGCCACCAACGCUCCCCACGACGACAUCAGGGCGCCCGCGAGCCUGGUUUUCAGUACAUAUAUGAGAAAUAAACGAGAACGAAACACAUUCUAAAAUACAAAAUGCACAUGGACAACAUUUUCUUUGAAGUUUUAAUAGAAAACGUGAGUUGUGGAUGCCAUCAUUUUGUUAAUGUUCUGGUAAAACAAGCACAUUCAGGUUGUUUGGUUUGAAAUAAGCUAUGAAAAUAAAUGUUACAAAAAUGAGUAGCUCUCGGCCAUUUUCAUUUCGUAAAAGUACAGAGCUCUAGCAAGAAAAUAGGCUGGAGACCCCUGGUCUACGCAGACAAGAUACAUCACCCGCACAGCAUCGAAGCAAACAAAACCAGCUCAUAACUAAAUAUUACAUACAGUAAGUAACUUUACGUAUAUUUUAUUAAAAUACACCUUGACAAAAUGAUGUACUGUAUAUAUGGGGCAGUGCAUGUGGCAUAAACGUGCUUGAAGGGAGUCAAAGAAGGCACAAAAGAAGAUGAAAGCGCGAUAACUGCAAUACGCUGAAGGCAGACAUGUUUGCACGAGUUAUUUCAUACACAAGCAAGGCAGUCAACUAAAAUAACUUAUCACUAAGGUAUGCACUGGGACUGAGGGAUGAGAUGAACGUAGUCUCUAGCAAACCAGCAAACCAGUAAGGCAAUGCUUUUUGGGAAAACGAAGGUUGGGAUUGUGAGCGCUGGUGUCUUUAAGGAACAUGCUUCCAUGUGACUGCAUGUUGCAUUUGUGAAGAUAUAGUGAAAGUUAAGGCCUUUUCUUCCCCCCUCAUUUAUUCCUGCUGAGGAGGCGGCGGGGUCUCAUUGGCGUUGUUGUCCGUGACCUUGUUUUCCAGCUCGUCAUCGGACAGGAGGUCCAAGGACGUUCCCUCAACCUGCAGCUGACGUCUACCCGAGCGACUGGAGGAAAAGCUGAUGGGGCCGCCGCGCCUACAACAGGAAGAGGGGCAUAACGUUAAGAUUAAGAAAGCCAUUACCAA